AUGCCGAUGAUGCAACAGCAAAUGAUGAUGCAGCAGCAGAUGAUGCAGAAUAUGAUGAUGGGCGGUGGCGACAUGAAAAAGAUGCAAGAGAUGAUGAACCAGAUGAUGGGCGGCUCAACCAAGAAGAGUAAAGCCGAGAAGGGUGAGAAAGCUGCAAAGAAGAAGCCGAAGGACAACGCCAAUGUGAUCUUCGUGGGCGGUUUGCGAAAGACCACCGAGGAGGAUCGAGUCACUGCGCACUUUGCCAAGUUUGGGCAGGUGGAGCAAGUGGACAUCAAACGCUUGCCUGAUGGCACCUCCCGAGGCUUUGCGUUUGUGAAGUUCUCCGACACCGAGGCGGUCGAGAAGGUCAUUGAUGCCCACGCGAAGCACAUGAUCGACAACAAGUGGGUCGAGGUGAAGCGCCACGACGGGGUCGCUGCAUCGGCGGGGCUCACGAGCUCCUUGCAGAAGGCUGAGGAGCCUGAGGAAGAGGCAGAGCCUCAAGGAGAGGAGUGGUCCGAGAAGUGGUCUGAGCAAUACCUUGCGAUGGCCUCUAAGCUUGGAGAGAUGCAGAAGGAUGGCGACAAGGAGGGCGGAGGCGGCGAGAAGAAGAGCAAGAGCCCCAUGGAAAAGUUGAUGAAACAGAUGGGAAUGGAUCCAGCGGUGAUGAAGCAAAUGGGCAUGGACCCCAAGCAGAUGGAAGGCAUGUUCAAGCAGAUGGGCAUCGACCCCUCGAUGAUGAUGCAGAUGAUGGGAAAUAUGAACCCCAUGAUGGGCAUGAUGGGAAUGAUGAAUCCCAUGAUGAUGGGCGGCGGCAUGGGUUGUGGCAUGGGCGGCGGCAUGGGCUGCGGUAACGCCUGCGGCGGCAACGCCUGUGGAGGAUCCAGCGGCUGCACCGGACCAGGCACCGGCUGCGGUGGCAACUGCGGAGGAUUUGUUUUGCCGGAUCGGCGAAGAUUAGGAUGUUGCUGUGGGGUCCUCCAGCCACUCUCUGGGCGACAAAGGUGGCUCUGGCGGAACCAGCGGCAGGUGGCCCUGGUGGUCCUGGCCCUGGUGGUCCAGGUGGGGGCGGUUGCGGCCCUUGCGGCGGAUGCGGAGGGCCUUGCGGGCCAUCGGGUGGAGGCUGUGGCUUUGGCAGCUUUGCCCCGCCGCCACCACCGCGAGUUCUCCGGGAGCGAUCCCUUAGAGCGACAUGUCCCAACACCUGGGGUGGCGGAGAGGAUCCUUGAGGUCUUCUGGGCCACGUUGGAUUCAUGA